AUGCGCCGUUACUCCGGCAACGCUUGCUACUCCCUAUUAGCUAUUUUAGCAUAUCGGCUCGAGAGGAAGAGUUCUGAUGCCCAAAAUCAGGUAAUCCCGGACACGUUAUGGGAGCAGGCCGCGGCGGAGGUCCAGAGCCGGGAGAGAGGAGACGGAGAGCGGGACGGAGGAGAGGCGCUCAGCGAGAGGAGCGUGUUUCUGAUGGGGAGCAAAGCUGGGGGCAAAACGUCCAUUCUCCUCAGAUGUCUGGACAGGGAUGAGCCUUCCAAGCCAACUCUGGCACUGGAGUACACAUUUGGCAGACGAGCCCGGGGACACAAUACACCUAAAGACAUUGCUCACCUAUGGGAGCUGGGAGGCGGGACUUCUCUCUCUGACCUGGUCCAGAUUCCCAUCACCCCUGUCAGCAUCAGGUCUUUCUCGGUUAUCCUCAUUUUGGAUCUGUCUAAACCCAACGCUCUGUGGGCCACCAUGGAGAAGCUGCUGCAGGCAGCACAAACGCAGCUACAGAAAAUCUCUUCCCAGAUGCAGCAGGCGGAGAAAUCCAAACCUGGAGCCAAACACGGGACGUCUGUUCGGUCAGCAACACGUGUUUUACCCAAAGACUAUCCUGACCGGGAGCUGAUCAGUGCCUUUCCCGUUCCUCUGCUGAUCAUCGGCAGCAAGUACGACAUCUUUCAGGAAUUUGACUCUGACAAGAAGAAGGUGGUCAGUAAAACACUGCGCUUCAUUGCCCACUACUACGCAGCGUCUCUUAUUUUCACGAGCAUUAAAUCAGAGAGCCUGAUGUCAAAGACCAAGAGUUUCUUCUCACACCUGGCUUUUGGUCUGGAAAAAGGGAAAAGUGUGUCCACUGACUCCUCCAAGCCUCUCAUCAUCCCAGCAGGAGCAGACUCCUUCAGCCAAAUAGGCUCCCCUCCCACUACUGACGUGGACAUAACAUCUCUCCAUGCUAAGAACCCCAAGGACCUGUGGAAGAAAGUUUACGAGCGUGUUUUCCCUCAACAGAGCACCGGCGAGCAGAGGGAGCUGAAGGAUCCAGCGAAGGACCCGCAGUACAGUGAGCCGCAGAUUGAUGCCAUGAGGGUCCAGAAGGACCAGGAGCUGGAGCAGUACAAGAGGAACGCAAAUAAGUCAUGGAAAGGGCUGGAUUUGGAAACAUGACAUCUUUAUUACACAGCCAGAACAUGUACAGUGCAUAUUUAGUAUUUAUUAACCUGUGUUACACUUCUUGGUAUUAAUUUG